AUGUCAAAGUCCACAGAAUCUACUCAGAGAGAAAAGAACCCACGAGGCAUCCCCCAUGCACCGUUCAUCACAGACGUAGAGGAACACGUUGGAGGUCCGGAGGGUGAAGUGGAGCCUGUGCUUGUUCGGUUUCAGGAGGCGUUGUCAAAGUACCGAUACAUGGAAGCCAACUUAACACAACGAAAAGCGGCUAUUGAGGUGAAGAUACCGGAUAUUAGGAAGACGUUGACUAUGGUUGAGUUCUUAGCGGAGCAAAGAGAAGGAAAGAAAGUUAAAUCCGAUGACGAUGAUGAUCUAGACGAAGAUCUUGAGGAUGACGAGUCUGGUUCGAAAAAGCCGAUACGAACGACCUUCGAGCUGAACGAUACGCUAUAUGCGGAGGCGGAGUUGGAGGAUACUGAUACUGUCUUCUUAUGGCUCGGAGCAGACGUAAUGCUAUCCUACAAAAUCCCCGAAGCCAUCUCGCUACUCCAAUCCAAACUAAGCGUCGCAGAAGAAAACCUCACGAACUAUAAUUCCGAUUUGGAGUACUUGAAGGAGCAGGUGACGAUUAUGGAGGUGAAUAUGGCGAGGGUGUUUAAUUGGGAUGUGAAGCGGAGACGGUUGAGGAGAGAGCAGGAGGCUGGGGGUAGUCAGAAGAGCUGA